AUGGUACCGGAGUCGGCUGCAUCCCCGUCACCGCUGGGGACGGCUGAGGUUGCUGCGGUCGUGGUUGAGGCAGGGAGGCGACAGCAACUACCCCCGAACGAAGAGACGGCGCCGCCUGCCGCUGAGUCCGCCGGAACCUCUGCUGGUGCCGGGGGCGCAAACAUGCAGGGACACGGCCGGGCGGGGAGUGGUAGACCGGUUCCCGGGACUGGCGUCGCCUCUUGCGCCGCUCGCGGGAAGAAGCUCCGCGCCCAGCCAGCACCGAGGCGGCCUGGAGCAGGGCUGGGACCUGGCGUCCCGGGACCCCUCCUGGGCUGGCUGCUGCAAGGGCAGUCGCCACAAGGGCCAGCACGUCCGCCGCCAUCUCACGUCGAAGCGGCUGUGGCGACCUCCACCGCGCAGACAACGACGCAGGCCGCGCCGACGCAGGCGCCGGGAAACCAAGUCCGCGCCACCAAUGGGGCGCCGGCAGUGACAGAUACGACAGCGGCAGCAGCGGGCUCGAACGUAGUGGUAGAGGCUGUAGGGACCAGGAGGUCGGCACGGCUGGGAGCGAUAACCUGGGGACCACCACGGGGAGGCCGCACGCCGUGGAUGCCGGCGGGCCGCGGUGGCAACGGAGCGGCUGAUACGGCGGGAGCGGCUGGGCGGGGACAACGAGGGGUUUUGCGCGGGGGGAUGAGAGGCGGACGGGGAGGGCGCAACCAACAACCCAGAUCGGAGAUCCCCGUGAGGACUGGCCCCUGGCGGGAGCGUCACGCCAGGCCUGAGAGAGCGAUCCCGCAGACGAAUGAGGGACAGGAGGUUUCUGACAACUCCGGGGCCGACCCUGAAUUUAUGGCUGGGGAGGAGGAGACCUCGGAAGAAAUCUCGUUGGAAGACGAGGAGGCACCCAGGAGGAGGAACAACCCUGAACCUCAAACUGGACUGGCGGCGGGGGGUAUUCCCAGCAACCCAGCGGAAGGAGAAGCACCUGCCACGGAGGAGACUAAUGUGCCUUCACCGGCCGACCUGGCCGGCGAUGACGCCAUCUGGCACAUGGCGGGGGAGUGGGAUGUCAACGUGCUUCAGCGAGGGGACCAGCCAUUCCUCGUCCGCCGGCUGCCACCACACAUCCUGGACAGAUACACCUACGCGGACGACAUCACCAUUAUCGGCCAACGGGAAGCAGCGUGCCGUGCUUUCACCAAGAUAGCGGGCGACUUGGCCGAAUAUGGACUACGCUGCAACAUUUCUAAGUCAUCGGCAUGGGGAGCGGAGCACGACGGAGAUAACAGGGAGCUACCACUAGGCUUGGUGGCGGACCCGGGCGGGAUACGGGUCCUUGGCAGCCCUAUCGGCAGCGACGACUUCUGCACUGCCCAAGUCCGGGCGGCACUGGGGGAAGCUGCCUCGCCCCUUCCCCUUGUCUCUCAGCUAAACCCGCAACAUGCCAUGCUCAUAAUCUCCCGCAGUAUAUCCCGGCGCAUCUCAUACAUGCUGAGGACGACGCCGGCGACGACCUUGGGCGCUGAGGAGUGGAGGGACUGGAGUGAGGCAUUGGUUGGCUCGGCGCUCACAGCUGCAAAGCUCCGCAUCCCCAACUCGGAGCUGGAGCAGAGCUUACUGUGGCGACAGGCCACCCUCCCGAUUCGGCUGGGCGGUCUGGGAAUCAUUGACCCUGUCUCUGAGGCCCCGGCCGCCUACAUCGCUUCUGUCACGGCGGCGCACAUCCUUCUGCAGCACCUGAAUCUUCCUCCGGACUGCCUGCUACACAGAGCAACGGCCCUGCUCUCCCACGAUUGGAGCCCACCACCGCCGGACAGCAGCACACUGUCAAGCUUAGAGAAGGGGCUGCCAGCCCAGGCACAGAUGGCGGAGGAUGAGUAUGAGGAGCGGGAGGCUCCUGCCAGGGCGGCUUAG